UACUGACAACAGCUAAACUAAACUUCACUUGGAUUGGUCUGGGAGACCACGACAACGAUGGUAUCUAUGCGUGGGUGGACGGGACCUCUCAUCGAUUCACUCGCUGGGAUUUCAUUCAGACACCAGCCAAAGGGCGUCAAUGUAUUGUACUGGGUUUGGAUUUUGAAUGGAGAUAUAUCUCAUGUGAUAGAGGUCAGAGUUUUGUGUGCAAGAGAAAACUUCGAGACUUGACCACCUAUGAACUCGUCUUUCGUUAUAUGAACAAACUAUGGACCGACAAACUUUACAGCCCGCAAGAACUUCGUUACCAGGCUCUGAAGUCUCACAUCGAGAACGCGAUAUUCGAGACCUAUCGAGACGCAGAUUGGUUUAAUGGCCUUGAUUUUAGAGGUUUCAGAAAAAGUGAUCAAGAUAAAAUCGAGGCUAUUACUCGCAUCAGCUUUACUCCAGACGACGACGCCCCUGUCGAUCCUAUCGAGAAAUUGAGGAACAAACUACAAGGUGCUAGUGCAGAUGGCAACUCCCAAAAACGUGCGACGAUCAGGGGGGUGCUGUUUGGUGAGCCAGUGGAAUUGGUUAAAGUUGAGCUUAUCGUUGAUCAACAGCAAAAUUGUCCAAGCUACUGCAUCCCGCAACAAUGUCAACCCGUGGCUUGCAAUCCAUCGUGCUGCAUGACCCAAUAUGGAAACGCGCAAGGUUAUAUGGGAUAUAACCAACGACCAGGCUACCCAGGUUACCCUUAUCAACGAGGUUAUUAUGGUAGUCAAGGCUACCGUGGUUACCAAGGAUACCGAAGAGGCUAUCCGGGUGACAUUCGAUAUUCCAGUUAUUCUAGAUAUCCAGGUUAUUUACGCAGUUAUCCCCGGUACCCAUCCUACUCACGUUAUCCGACCUAUUCACGCUAUCCCGGGUAUGCCGGAUAUCCUGGGUAUACCGGGUAUUCAGGUUCUCCAUUACAACUGAGCUUUCAUGACAAACCAAAACCAUCAGAGAAAAAGUCCAAGCAAACGAAAUCAAAAGAUGAAGAUGACACACCACCUCCUGUAGAGACGCCAUCAGUAAACCUGCAACAACAGAAAAGACCACAACAAAAUCCAUAUCAACAGUACUAUCAAUCAUACUAUCCGCAGUAUAGACAAUUUAACCCAUACCAAAAUUAUCAAAACUACCGGAGGAUGUACCCUUAUAGCUACCCACAAGGCUAUCCACAGGGAGGGUACCCACAGGGAGGGUACCCACGGUCGGUUUAUGGUACUUAUGGACAGGGUUAUGCAUACAAUGGAUAUCAAGGUAAUCCUAUCAGAAAACACGUUAACAAGCGACCACCACAAUCACCACCCCCAGCCCCAGCCCCUAAACCAAUAGCAGUCCGUACGUACAGCGACUACUACUCUGGAUACACACGGGGGUACCCACAGUAUGGAUAUGGUCAAAUGCCUCCAUCAAAUCCUUACCAAUAUUCAGGGACAGUUGGCGGUUACCAGUACUCUCUGAUGGGACGAUCUUGUAUUGGCGAAUGCUUAAACUCAUGUGCACCUCAAUGUCCUCAACAGUGUUGUACUCGAGCACAUGUCAGACCGCAACCAAUAAAGUAAUAUUUAGACGUCGUAUUUAACGUGGGCUAUAAGUGGACCUAAUACUAAUUUACGAUGCUCAAGUCUCUACUGGCACAAUGACCAAAAUGCGGUCUGAACUUAUCUCAACAGAGAACGAGCUCCUGAUUAUCAACGACAUGGAAAACAGUAAAAAAAACAUUCACUGGCACAUUUUCCAUCGAUUUUUCAUGAAGCAGACGAUGUCAUUGCUGAAUUCUUGACCAUAUCUGAGAUCGUUAAGGCAGGCAAAACGGCGAAAACUCCAAAAUAUUUUCGAUACUAGAUCACCAGUAAUAAAAGCAUGAAAUAGGUGCGACGAUUUAUGCCUAAUUUUGUAUUUUUAUUUAUCUGAUCAACACUAUUUACCUGACUUUUAGCUUUUACUUUUCCACGCGAUUUUUGUUUGCGCUCGAUAUAAGAGGCAUUACUUGUUUUUCUGUAGUACUGAGCUAGAUGAUUCAAAUGAUUUCAGUUUUCGUGGAUUGUAAACACAGAUGAUGAAAUGUAUAUACAAAGAAACACGAUCGAAUAAAGAUAAUGACAUUGGC